UUUAAACAAGACUGCCGGGUGAAGUGCGGGAGUGGAAGAAAACUCGCCAAUAACAAGGCAUGCUGUUUUAUCUGCCUUUUUUUCUUACCACGCGCAAUAACAGCCCCUGCAAUCGCCGUUUUGGGAUUAGCUCCACACGCCCCGAUCAACACUGACAGAACGGCGCGAGUGAUCCGUGAUCUUGCACCCUUACGCGAAAACUACUUAACUCACCCAUCCCCCGCCAGCUCUGAACUUCUUCCGCUCCAUCACAUUUUCCAUCAUCAAACUUCUGCUCUUCCAUCGACCGACGCAUCUCAGACUUCGAGUCUUUCUCCCACAUCUCAAUCACAUUAAUAUCCACACUUUUUUCCCACAACAAAAUCAAUCAAAAUGACUGGCGGCGGCAAGUCCGGUGGCAAGGCUAGCGGUUCCAAGAACGCGCAAUCUCGGUCAUCCAAGGCUGGUCUGGCUUUCCCUGUCGGCCGUGUCCACCGUCUGCUCCGGAAGGGCAACUACGCGCAGCGUGUCGGUGCCGGUGCUCCCGUCUACCUGGCCGCUGUGCUUGAAUACCUCGCCGCUGAAAUCCUCGAACUCGCUGGCAAUGCUGCCCGUGACAACAAGAAGACACGUAUCAUCCCUCGCCACCUCCAGCUCGCCAUCCGGAACGAUGAGGAGCUGAACAAGCUCCUCGGGCACGUCACCAUCGCCCAGGGUGGUGUGCUCCCCAACAUUCACCAGAACCUGCUUCCCAAGAAGACAGGCAAGACCGGCAAGAACCCGUCGCAGGAGUUUUAAUUUGGAGCUUUCUUCGUUUGCUUUUUU